GAUCAUCUUCGUCUUCCAUCGAACGGAUUCAAUUGAGAAAACGCUUAUAUCGAUUUUUAUUCGAUUAAAACCACUGAAGCAAGAUGCGAGUGGUUUCGAUAAUUUUCAUUGCGCUAUUGCUGCCCCUCAACGCUCAAAUAUUCUUCAAAAAUGCAAGUGCUUCGCAGGACUCAAUUCCCACUGAAAAAGUGCACUUCCCGGACCUUAAUGGAUCUUUCGACACCCCAGACACCCAGGACAUGCCCCCCCGUCAUCGGACAAGAAUCCUCCAACCACCCAACCUUGCCCAAAUCGCGAGCAACCAAAAAAGCUUCUGAUAAGCUUAAAAAGAGUGAUACUGCCCAAAGUUCCUCAAGUUCUCCUGAUUCGGACCCUGCCACAGCUCCACCUCACAAUCUUCGAGACCUUCACUUGAAUUAUGCCAGCAAUUUCAAAACUUCAGCAACAGUCAACUCCGCUGACUACUUGGAACGCAUCAAGGUUAUCGCUCACGUAUCCAAUGGGAUCACUCUCCAAGCUGGACUGAUGGACGGAAAGAUUUCGAUGGAUGCGGCGGUUGAAGAGCUUCUCAACUUGGGAACAUCCAGCGUGGCCGAAAUCGUCAACUUCAAAUUGGACAAAGUCAAUGCCUGGGCGAGUAAGCUGAAGGAUUUUCUGAAGAAUCAAGUUCUGCAGGAUCAAAAAGUCACUGAUAAGCUUAAGAGAAUGGAAAUUGAAAUUCUUGGCUUGGACCAGAUUCGGAAGGACUCAAUAGAUCUUGACGAUGUUAUCGAGCAAUCAAAACUCGAUACAUACUUUGCGAAAAUUAAGGAAGUGAAGGACAAAAAAUACGACUACGAACCAUUCAGUGACGCCAGUAUAAGAGAUAAUCCCGUUUCACAAUCACUUGCGAACAUAUUGUUGAAUCGGGACACAGCGCCUUACUACGAUUAUAAGUAUUUGUCGUCCGAUAUUGAGUUAAUGGUCAAAGAUCUGGAAAAGUUGAAAAAAAUCAACAAAGAAAAGACACUGAAGAUGUAUGGAUUGCUAGCUCACGGCACAGAAAUGUUUAGAUCACUCGAACGAAUGGUUGAUCUGAUGGCUCGGCGAGAGAAUUACUCUCUUGAGAUUGGAGUCGAUACACCCCAAAUGAUCAGAGGAACUCUAGAAACUGUGAUUGGAUUAACUACCGAUGAAGCCAUGAGUGAUGUCAAUCAGAUUCUGGAACUAGUAAAUAGUGUGGAGUCUGAUCAGUUCAAAAAGCAUUCGAUUGGUUUUUUUCGUGGAAUUUUGAGCUCCAAACACUUAGAAAGAGAGUCUCGAGACCCGUGGCUUGGCAAAGUACUGAAUGUCAGUGAAGAACAUUUGGCAAGUAUCACAUCUGGAUUGCAGCCUCUAAUAAAAGCUUCUGAUCAUCUGGAAACUGUAAACGAUAAGUUAAUGUCAGUACGGCCAAAUGCACUGUCUCGGUCGCUUGGUUACUUUCAAUCAUUUGUCACAACGAUGUCCUCAUAUUCCCCGAUGUCGAAGGAUGUUGAGCAUUAUCUAGUCGAUUUUCUACUGCAGUGUGAACAUAUUCACCCAGUUUUAAGAUAUGAUCACCGUGAGCCAGGAGUUAACUUGAUUGAUUAUGUCAAAAGCGUACAAAAAUCUAUCCUCGGAAUGUCGGAAAUUUCGAUCAAGUUGGCUAAGUUGGAUAUGGCAGCGCUGAAAUCGGAAGGUCGAAAGGUUCAAAAAUUGUUAAAGUUUACUAACCUCGGCGAUGAAGAACAAACUCUCAAGGAGAUUCCAGGAGUGCGCAAGAAGCUUGAAAGAGGUGGAUUGCUGAAAAGUUUCGAGAACCGUGUUGCUGGCAUUCAAACGAUAUUCAACGAUAUGAACAUCAAAACAUUUAUUCACGAACUUUUGCCAAAUGCCGAUUCUGUACACAAAACCGAUAUGGAAAGAUUCAAGAAGUUCGCGGAAAAGGAGAAUAAAGUUUUUGAAUGUUUUCAAAGAAUGUCAAGUGACACUGAGAAGCUAAUAACAGGAAUUGGUGUUAUGCGAAAACUCCAAACGGUCAAUGCAGAUGAGAUCGAACCAUUUGAAGUAGCAGCUUUUCAAUUUUCGGAGUUCUCCAAGGAACUGGCCACCAUUAGCUCGAUCCCCGUGAAAAUGAAGAAUGCUGAAUCAAAUGCAACACUAGAGUUGAACAAGAUGGCUCAAUCCUUACAACAACCUGAUGCAAUUCAAUAUUCAACGAGUGCUCUUCAUAGUGUCUAUGGUCUUGUGGAACUGGAAUCUGCAAUCAGUCAGCUCAAAGAUGUCGGUUCAGUUGUCAGCGAGGAGAUUUCUAAAGUUCAGAUAGCCGAUGACAGGAAGAAGCUUGAAAGGCAAUGGGGCCGCCGCCACGCGGAGGAAAUUGACUCACUGGGAACUGUGAUCGAGGAAGCAAAACGUUUUGUCACCAAGAUCGAUGUGCGGAAGUUCAGUUCACUUGCCAACUACAGUGCUCCUCUGAACGGUUUGGUCACAUAUCCGGAUGUGAUCAUCAGUGCAUCGGAAAAGUCCAAAGCACUCAAUACAUUGAUUAGCUCGUAUUCACAAACUGGAAGAAGAAAAAGAGCUGGAGUAGAGACCAAGAUUGAGCUUAUUGUCGCUAAGGACAUCCUCAACAAGAUUGCAUUGUUGAAUCUUAAAUUCGCGAAGCGUGCUGCUCAUUUCAAAGAAGCUCCGAUAGCAUUCCAGUCGUUCCACAAGGUUUUGAGACAAUUCGUUGCAACUCAAGAGAAGAGCAGUAAAAUCGUUAUUAGCGGUUCGGAAGAUUGCGGAAUUACAAUCCUUCAUAUCAUCUUAUCAAUUGUGACAACGCUUCUUCUUGCUCUGAUCGCGUUCAUUGCAUACGUAUUCUAUCAAAAGAAGAAACAAGACGCAAAAUCAAGAGAAUUGAGUAUUCGCAGAGAUGAGUUCGAACAGGAAAUGGCUGAUAAAAUCAGAAAGCAAUUGGAGGAGUUAGAAAGGAGGGAGAAGAAAAGCAAGAUGAACGGAGUCGGAAAGAAGCAGGAAAAGUCAGGCCCAAUUUCCCAGUACUUCCCAGAGACCAUUUCGGAUCCCGGAAGUCUUCCUAAAAACGGAACUCCAACUGCAUCACCGCUGAAAACUGAAAAUGGAUUGCGAGGCGUUCGCAGUGAGUAUUUUGGUAUCAUGGGAACUGGCACGGCUCCGGCUGCAACACCAUCGAAGUUUGAAAAGAGCACAAUGCUGAUGGUUGGAAAUGAUAAGGACGUUCAGAGUCAGUAUGUUGUAUAGUUGAACUAUCGAAAGGAGAACUUUUUUUUCCAUUUUCAAAAUAAAUAUUUAUUUCUGGAAU